GGGGUUUAUGAAGGGCUUUUGACACCAGUCAUCGUCUACGUUCUUCACUUUCGUACGGUUUCUUGCCUAUUAGGCUAAGCUUAACCCUAAAUUCCCAAAUUUGCUACUCCAAGAUCUUCCUCUCCCGUCAUGCUGAAGCUUCUCACUCCGACCGCUUCCCAUCACGUGACUCCGGCUAUUCGAUUCCGGUCUACCCCGGUUAAGAGUCUAUUGUUUAAGCAACUGACUCUGCUAACCGGAUGGAACCGGACUUCCUACGAAUUGGGUCGUCGUGCUUUUUCCUCCGAGUUGGAUUCCGACGCGAAAUCCUCAGCAACGACGACUGUCUCAACUAAACCUCACCUCGACGAUUGUCUAACGGUUAUAGCAUUGCCAUUGCCUCACAAGCCUCUUAUUCCUGGCUUUUACAUGCCAAUCUAUGUCAAGGAUCCUAAAGUUCUUGCAGCUUUACAAGAGAGCAGAAGACAACAAGCUUUAUAUGCGGGGGCUUUCCUUUUCAAGGAUGACGCGUCAACUGACUCAUCUUCUAGCUCUGAAACAGAGAAUAUUCUAGAGAAGUUGAAAGGAAAAGAGUUGCUUAACCGGAUUCAUGAAGUUGGCACACUUGCUAAGAUUUCAAGUAUCCAAGGUGAGCAAGUCAUCCUCAUUGGCCGCAGACGACUUCGAAUAACAGAGAUGGUGAGUGAAGAUCCUCUAACCGUCAAAGUUGACCAUCUAAAGGAUAAGCCAUAUGACAAGGACGAUGAUGUCAUCAAGGCAACAUACUUUCAAGUUAUGUCGACACUUAGGGAUGUUUUAAAGACAACUUCACUCUGGAGAGAUCAAGUUCGGACAUAUACCCAGGCAUGUUCUCUUCAUAUCUGGCACAGCUUGCGACAUAUAGGUGAAUUCAAUUAUCCAAGGUUAGCCGAUUUUGGAGCCGGGAUCUCUGGCGCUAACAAACAUCAAAAUCAGGGGGUUCUUGAAGAACUGGAUGUUCAUAAACGUCUGGAGUUGACGCUGGAAUUGGUGAAAAAAGAAGUUGAAAUUAACAAGAUUCAAGAAUCCAUAGCAAAAGCUGUUGAAGAAAAAUUUAGUGGCGACAGACGUCGUAUCAUACUAAAGGAGCAGAUCAAUGCUAUAAAAAAGGAGCUUGGCGUGGAGACAGACAACAAAUCUGCACUUUCUGAAAAGUUUAGGGGGAGGGUUGACCCUAUUAAAGACAAGAUUCCAGAACAUGUACUAAAAGUCAUAGAAGAAGAGCUUAAAAAACUGCAGCUGUUAGAAACCAGUUCCAGCGAAUACGAUGUGACCUAUAACUACCUUGAUUGGUUGACCGUGCUGCCUUGGGGAAAAUUCAGUGAUGAGAAUUUUGAUGUCCUACGGGCAGAAAAGAUUCUUGACGAGGAUCAUUACGGAUUAUCUGAUGUAAAAGAAAGAAUACUAGAGUUUAUUGCUGUGGGAAGACUUAGAGGCACUUCACAAGGGAAGAUCAUUUGUCUCUCUGGCCCACCUGGAGUAGGUAAAACUAGCAUUGGGCGUUCCAUUGCACGUGCUCUUGACCGCAAGUUCUUCCGGUUCUCUGUUGGAGGACUAUCCGAUGUUGCUGAGAUUAAGGGGCAUCGUCGAACAUAUAUUGGUGCCAUGCCUGGAAAGAUGGUGCAAUGUCUAAAGAAUGUGGGAACAGAAAAUCCUCUUGUUCUGAUCGAUGAGAUUGAUAAGCUUGGAGUUAGGUGCCACGAUGGCGACCCAGCCAGUGCAAUGUUGGAGCUUUUGGAUCCAGAGCAAAAUGCAAACUUUCUAGACCACUAUCUCAAUGUUACUAUUGACUUAUCCAAGGUUUUAUUUGUAUGCACAGCAAACGUGACAGAUACCAUUCCGAGUCCCCUGCUAGACAGAAUGGAGGUGAUUACUCUCUCAGGGUACAUUACUGAUGAGAAAAUGCAUAUUGCUAGAGACUAUUUGGUGAAAACUGCACGCAGAGAUUGUGGCAUUAAGCCUGAACAGGUUGAUGUGAGCGAUGCAGCUCUUCUUUCCUUGAUAGAAAAUUACUGCAGAGAAGCAGGAGUUAGAAAUCUCCAGAAGCAGAUAGAGAAGGUUUUUCGUAAGAUUGCUCUUAAACUUGUGCGCAAAGGGGCAGCAUCAGCCGAAGUGCCUGCAAUUUCUGAUGAUGUUACUACUGACAAUGGAGAUACUAAAUCUUUGGCCAAGACUGAUUUGGAAUCCCCAGAGACCUCUGCAGACGGAUCCACCGUGUUGACAGAUGAGUUGGCAACUGGUGACACAAAAGAAUCAAAGACUGAGCAGAGCGGAGAGGUAGAUGAAACGGUUGAAAAGUUAAUGAUUGAUGAAUCGAACCUUUCAGAAGGAUCCACUGUGUUGACAGAUGAUUUGGCAACUGGGGAUUUAACAGAAUCAACGACUGAGCAGAGCGGAGAGGUAGCUGAAAAGUUUAUGAUUGAUGAAUCAAACCUUUCAGAUUAUAUAGGCAAGCCAGUAUUCCAGGCAGAGAAAAUAUACAAACAGACACCAGUCGGGGUUGUAAUGGGUCUAGCUUGGACAUCCAUGGGGGGCUCAACAUUGUACAUAGAGACAACCUUUGUAGAAGAAGGAGAAGGCAAAGGUGGUCUUCAUAUAACGGGUCGGCUUGGGGAUGUGAUGAAAGAAAGCGCAGAGAUUGCUCACACAGUCGCCAGAAGAAUAAUGCUGGAGAAAAAACCGGAGAACAAGUUCUUUGCGAAUUCCAAGCUUCAUUUACAUGUACCUGCAGGAGCCACUCCAAAAGACGGUCCAAGCGCAGGCUGCACCAUGAUAACUUCAUUGCUAUCACUUGCCUCGAAGAAGCCAGUAAGGAAGGAUCUUGCAAUGACCGGAGAAGUCACUUUGACGGGUAGAAUUCUUGCAAUUGGCGGCGUGAAAGAGAAGACAAUAGCUGCAAAACGGAGUCAAGUGAAGGUGAUAAUAUUCCCGGAGGCUAACCGGCGAGAUUUUGAUGAGCUGGCGGAAAACGUGAAAGAAGGGCUCGAAGUUCAUUUCGUGAAUGAAUAUGAGCAGAUUUUCGAGCUAGCCUUUGGCUAUGACCAUUAGAGAAGUCUUUAGGCUGAUUUUCUAUAUCUCUUCUUGGUUGAUUUCACCAUUAUUAAUUAUGUAUUAUGUUCUUUCUGUUAACUAGUGUAAUUUAUAUAUAUGCGGUUGGAUUUCAGGUUUUGUUGUAAAAUCUAAACUCCUCUUUUCUUUACUUUAUAACUGGCUUCUGUGAAUCUUUGAAAUGUAAACAUUCGAAGAAAGAGACACUUUGGACCU